CAAAAACUACAAAUAGAAAAGCUGAAAAAGGAAGUAAUAUCUACUACCAAGAAAAAUGACAAUCUUAAUAGUAAGCUCAAGGCCAAGACAAAAACCACUGAAAGCGCUACACAAUGGCAAACUGAUGACCUGCAGAAAGAUCUUCCAAAACUGAUACAUCAGGAGAAUAAAGAUAAACAAUCUGUACAACCAACACCAAGACGAACACCAAAGAUGCUAUACAUUGCAGCCAGUAACGGCUAUGGUAUAUCAGCAGCAAUUAACAGCCAAUCAAAUCAAAAAAUCGUUGCCACUGGGAAUGUUCAUGGAGGAGCAACCAUAGAAUUUAUCAACUCAACUAUUCCUCAAACUGUGAGCCAAAUGAAACCUGACACUGUUGUCGUCCAAUGCGGGACCAACAAUAUCAUCGUCGAGAAUACAACUACUACCAUAUCCAAAAUGAAAUCUCUAAUCACUACCCUCAAAUCAACUGGUAAAGCAAACAAGACCAAAACAGCUGUCAUAGAAAUACCAUAUAGGAGAGACAAACCACUCUCACACAAGCUAAACACAAAGAUUGACGCCAUAAAUUCAGCAACCCAAUCAGAAUGCAAGAAGCAAGAUGUACACUUUAUUAGAAUAAAUACAACUGAUUACAACAAGAGCAUAUUAGGAAGGCAAGGUCUACACUUUAAUAUAAAGGGACGACAGCAUGUAGCAAGAAAUGUACUCAAAACUCUGUACCCUAGCAACGUAACCCUAAAUGUCAAUGAAAUCAACAUACCAAAGCAAUGCUCCGAUAGAAGUAAUACAAAUCGAAUGGACUCCUUGGACCCUAUCUGGAUCAACAGGAAAGUAGUGCAAUAA